UGCGGUUUCGUCUUCCCUUCUUGGAAAUUUUGAAGUCAAUACAGAUUCAAGUUCCCAGAAUAUUACAUUGAUGAUGGAUUCACUGUGAUACUAUCCUCAUUGAUGAGGAUGUAUCUAAUUACACCAAAAAAGGGAUUGAUUCAAGAAUCUAAAAAGAAUGGAUCUUGAAGAAGUACAACACACCACUAAAUUCGGAGCGUUGCCUAGCACAACAUCCCGGAACUUAUCCUCGUCGUCAUCCGCAUUUUUCUCCGCCGAUCAAUCGCCGUUCUUCUCCCCCAAAUCGCCACCCAGUCACUUGCCCACCACGAAUACAGAAUCGGAAUUCUUCACGAGCAUUAGAUUAGCUUCUUCGAACGAUGCCUCCACGGGAGUUUCGAAAAGCCCCUUGUCUCGCCACAAGGGGAACAACAGUAAGAAAGUCGAGAAGCUUCUAGAAACUUCCGUCACCCCGACUUCCUUCUCCUCCAACCGAAUAAGGAGCUGCGAUGUGUACAUAGGCUUCCACGGAAGAAAGCCGUUGUUGCUCCGUUUUAUAAACUGGCUUCGAGCAGAGCUGGAGGUACAAGGCAUGAGCUGCUUUGUCACAGACAGAUCGAGAUGUACGAGCUCUCGUAAGCACAGCGUAGUCGAAAAAGCCAUGGAUGCAGCCACUUUCGGAGUCAUAAUCUUGACUAGAAAGUCCUUUCGAAAUCCGUACACUGUCGAAGAGUUGAGAUUUUUCUCGAGCAAGAAGAAUCUAGUGCCAGUGUACUUCGAUGUGGGGCCCGACGACUGCCUCGUGAGGGAUAUAAUCGAGAAAAGAGGGGAGCUUUGGGAGAAAUAUGGAGGUGAGCUGUGGCUACUUUACGGAGGGCUCGAAAAAGAAUGGAGAGAUGCUGUGGGAGCACUUUCGCGUGUGGACGAGUGGAAACUCGAUGCGCGUGAUGGGAAAUGGAGGGAUUGUGUUAUACGGGCUGUGACUUUACUGGCGUUGAGAUUAGGAAGGAGAAGCGUUGUGGAUAGAUUAGCAAAGUGGAGAGAGAAAGCGGAGAGAGAAGAGUUCCCUUUUCCAAGAAACGAGAAUUUCGUCGGCCGGAAAAAGGAGCUGUCGGAGCUGGAGUUUAUGCUAUUCGGAGACGUUAGCGGAGAUGCGGCGGAGAGGGACUAUUUCGAGCUCAAGGCUAAACCGAGGCGGAAGAAGAAGAACUUGACUAUUGCUUGGGGAAGGACUAGUUCGAUAGACGAGAAACGGAGAAGCGAGGGAAGUGGCGGUAAUUAUAGUAAUAGUAAUAAACGGAAGGGGAAAGAACCCGUUGUGUGGAAGGAAUCGGAAAAGGAAAUCGAGAUGCAGAAUGUUGACGUUUCUCAACCACAACAAAAGUCAAAGAGUAGGAGAAGGUCGACGAAAGUUGUGUACGGAAAGGGGAUUGCUUGUGUGACGGGCGAUUCGGGCAUCGGGAAAACCGAGAUGCUUCUAGAAUUCGCGUAUAGGUUUCGUCAGAGGUACAAAAUGGUUCUUUGGAUAGGCGGCGAAAGCAGAUACAUUCGUCAGAACUAUAUGAAUUUACGUUCGUUUCUUGAAAUCGAUUUAGGGUUAGAGGGUUGCACCACGGUUGAGAAAACCCGUCCGAAGAGCUUUGAGGAGCAAGAGGAGGCGGCCAUAGCAAGAAUCCGAAGGGAGCUCUCGAGGAAUAUUCCGUUUUUGGUCGUGAUCGAUAAUUUGGAGAGUGAGAAGGAUUGGUGGGACCACAAGCAUGUGAUGGAUCUUUUGCCCCGUUUCGGCGGAGAGACGCAUGUGCUUAUAUCCACACGGUUGACCCGGAUAAUGAAUCUUGACCCAUUGAGGCUCUCGUAUUUGUCGGGUGUCGAGGCAAUGUGUUUGAUGCAAGGUGGUGGUUUUAAUAAAGAUCAAUCGAUUAAAGAACUCGAUUCUUUACGAGUUAUUGAAGAGAAGCUAGGGAGAUUAACACUAGGUCUUGCUAUAGUGGGUGCUAUUCUAUCGGAGCUUCCGAUAAACCCUAGUCGGUUACUGGACACCAUUAACCGAAUGCCUUAUAGGGUUCGAGAGAAUCACGUCCUAAAUCGGAACAAUUUUCUCUUGCAAAUUUUCGAGGUUUGCUUCUCGAUAUUCGACCACGCGAACGGUCCGAGGAGUUUAGCGACGAGAAUGGUUCUCGCUAGCGGUUGGUUCGCCCCGUCGCCGAUUAAUUUGACCGUUUUGUCCUCCGCCGCGCAGAAGAUACCCGAAAAGCAGCGCCGGAGAAGGCUGUGGAGAAAGAUUCUCUGCUCCAUACCGUGCACCUGCGGUUCGUCGUCGUUCGAGGAAGCGGAGGCGUUUGCUUUGUUGCUGAGGUUUAAUUUGGCGAGGAGUUGUUGUGGAGAAGGGGUUGUGCAGUUCAACCAUCUCGUGAGGCUCUACGCGAGGAAGAGGGGGAUCGAGGGGGUUGCUAAUGCGACGGUGACAGCUGUCACCACCACCACCAUUGGCGGCGGCCGUGGGGUUCUGCUGUCCUCCGACGACCACGUGUGGGCGGCGUGUUUUCUUCUGCUAGGGUUUGGGAAGGAUCCGGUGGUGGUGGAACUGAAGGUGGCGGAGUUGCUGAAUCUCGUGAAGGAGGUGAUUCUGCCGCUGGCGAUUAGGACGUUCGUCACGCACUCGAGGUGCGCGGUGGCUCUGGAGCUGCUCCGCCUGUGCACGGAGGCGCUGGAGGCGAACGACGAGGAGUUUGUCACGCCGGUGAACAGGUGGGUGGAUAAGAAGGUGGGGGCGAUGACGUGCUGCGGCGGCGGGCCCAUGGGUGGGAUGCUGACUAGGACGAGGGCGCAGAUGAACCCUUGGAUUUGGCGGGAACUGGCGCUGGCGCGUGCGAGCGUGUUGGAGGUGAGGGCAAAGUUGAUGGCGAGGGGCGGGCAGUUCGAUUUGGGAGACGAUUUGAUUAGGAAGGCUGUUUUUGUUAGGACUUCCAUUUGCGGCGAGGACCACCCGGACACUGUGGCGGCGCGUGAGACGCUUGGCAAACUUACUAGGUUAAUUGCUAAUUCUAUCCAAACUCCUAAUUCAUCAUAGCCGUUUUUUUUUUUUUUUUUUUUUUUUUUUAAAUUUGGGUAGUGGAGGUAUAGUAACAGAAAUUUGAAUAAGUUGCGUUUAUAGGUUUUUUUAAUUGUCCAAAGAAAUCAUAUACCAAUGUAUUUUUAGUUUCUUCCUUCAAUUUUAGAUUUGUUUUUUUUUUUUUUGAGAAAAUAAUUAAUUACUAAUACUCUCCGAACAACCGUAUUAGCGCCGACGCA